AUGAAGCUACAGGGGUCUCUGGCCUGCCUCCUGCUGGUCCUGUGCCUGGGCAGUGGGGAGGCUGGCCCACUGCUGAGUGGAGGGGAGAGCGCUGGAGCAGGGGUCAUGGAGGCCACUGGACACGGGGUGGGAGAGGCCAUUGGACAAGAAGUGGGAGAGGCCAUCAAGCACGGAGUCGGGGAGGCCACUGGCGGAGGGGAUGGAGGGGCAGCGGGUUCUGGAGUCAAGGAGGCCAUGGGCCCCGGGGUGGGGGACGAUCUCGCCCAUGGGGUUGAAGAUGCGGCCCAUGCUCUUGGAAACACUGGGAGUGAGGCUGACAGACAGGCUGAGAACGUCAUUCAGCGUGGAGUGGAUGCUGCCCACAGCUCCCGGCAGGGGAUGCCUGGUGGCAACGGCGCUUUGGGAGCACAUGGCCAGCCUCCAUCUGGAGGCCAUGGCCCCUCUGGCUCUCCAGGCAAUCCUGGAGGUCCAGGGAUUCCCUGGGACCACGUGUAUUCUGGAGGCUCAGGUGGCAGCUUUGGGACCAACUCUCAGGGAGGCUCCCGGGGCCACGGAGGCCAUGGAGGGGCAUUCAACGUGGGGACCAACACUCAGGCAGCUGUGGCCCAAACUCCUUAUGGCUCAGGGAGAGGCAGCGACAAGCCAAAUGCAGAGUCUCAAACCUCACCCGUCCCCUUCCCUCUGCAAUGCACCAACCGCCUGCCAUCUGGCUCAGGUGGAAGCUCGAGCAACUCUGGGGGAAGGAGCAGCGGUGGUGGCAGCAGCAACAGCAGCAGUGGUGGCAGCAGCGGUGGCAGUUCUGGGCUCCACUGGGUAAGUUCGCCUUUGUUGAAGGCAGAGGUGGGGCCCCUGGUGGUCCCUGCUGAGGAAACCCACUCCGAGGUCUUCCUGAAAGCUGCCAGCCCCAGGAAAACUCUAGAAAUUUUGAUCAAGGCGGCUACUCCCAGACCCCACGUGGACUCUCGCUUUCCCUUGCUGGGAUACAAUACCAGCUUCUCCUCGGGUAGCAGGGCUGGAAGUGGUGGGAACAAACCCGAGGUGUCUUCUUGGGAACUGAGAGUCUUCUCUUUCUCUCUCCCACCGUGCGACAAUCCACGCAGUGAAGUCCACGUGUCCGGGGAAUCUGGGGGUCAGGGGCAAGGGUCUAGCGGUGGAGGGGAAGCUGUCAAUAGAACCAACACCUUGAACUCUCAGACGUCUCCUGGGCUCUUCAACUUUGACGCUUUCUGGAUGAAUUUAAAAUUCAUGCUGGGUUUCAAUAACUGGGACGCCAUCAACAAGGGCCAAGUCUCAAAGCCCAGCACUCGCAUCCUCCUCUACUUCAGGAGACUCUGGGAGAACUUCAAACGCAACACUCCGUUCUUGAACUGGAAAGCAAUUAUUGAGGGGCCCUUCCUGAGCCCUAAGGACAUGGUCGAGUACAGACAGGACACUGAGGUCCUCACCUCACCUCCUCUGGUCUUCUCUUUACAGUGGGGAGUCACGAUUUCUUCCUCGGCUUCCCGGGCGCGACCUGACCUGCUGCAGUGGGUGAAGUUUUGGGACCGGGAAAUGAAAGGAGGCCAGGAAGCACCCUGCCAGCUAAGUGACGCCCUCAGAGAUUGCAAGUUCCCCGAGGGCACGACCGAAGGAAUCACCGUUGGUAAAAAUGUGCCAGGACCCGACGAGGCCACUUAUGCCCAGCUCCUGAACGUUGACAAGUUGCGAUCUGUUUUGGAGGGGAAUGAUUUCCUGAACUGGCACGCCCUCAUAGAGUCUGUCAAAAGGAAACUUCCUUUCCUCAACUGGGAUGCUUUUCCUAAGCUGAGAGGAAUGAGCCGUGCAGCUGCCGAUGCCCAAUGA